AUGAACCGCUACGUGGCGUGGUUGUCGCGCAUUCCGGUCCUGUGCUACCUAGCGGCGCUGUCAGCAAGCCAGCCUGGCACCAUAUCGUCUGCAGCAGGUGUCUAUAGCUCCUCAGUAACUCCGGCCAAUCUCCCUUGGAAUACGUACAACUACUGCAAUGCCCCACACGUCAACGAGGAGCAUUACUCGAAACCGACCAACCACCCGCAUGCCAAGCUCAUAUACAUGAACGCUGUGAUUCGUCAUCAUAAGCGGACUCCCGACAAUCUCUAUCCUCAAGAGAAUGAGCUGAACUCCAUCCCCUGGAAUUGCACAAAUUUCCCUCAGUUCAACUUUGGAGGGAGUCCUGCGGCACAGAUCUUCCAUAACACGGACGUUCCCUCAUGGCACCCUUUUCUCUCACUCUUUUGGAACGGGACUUGUGACGAAGGCCAACUCACCGAAGAAGGUCUCAUGGACGCCGUUGCACAUGGACAGGACUUCUGGGAAGUCUAUAGCCACAAAGUGGGGUUCCUUAAACAUGUUACCGAGAAGCACAUCUUCGUGCGAACAUCCGUCGAGACUAGAACGAUGCAGGUGGCGGGUGGUUUCGUAGCCGGCAUGGAUCCAGCGUUCGCGUCAAAGACCUUCCCCGUCACCACGCAGCCUUCUCCGAUCGACUCCAUCCCGCCGAACUAUCCGUGCAACGGCGCGAACAACGUCCGCAACGCCUUCCAAUCCGUCCCAGCAUGGACGGAUCAUCUCCAGCAAAACGCAGACCUCAAGGCUCGGCUUGAUGCUACGCUCGGCACCGCCGGCCUUGCCGACUGGGCGUCUUGGUACGAUCACUUCUUCGACACAUUCUCCUCGCGGACGUGCCACGGCCACCCCCUGCCGUGCAACUCCACAGGAGGCUGCGUCUCGGAAGCCGAUGCCGCAAAGGUGUUUGCUAUCGGUGAUUUCGAGUACAACUAUAUUUGGAACGCUGCGGAAAACGCGACGACUUACAACCAACUGACGUUCGGGGUGUUCAUGCAGGAACUCUCGCAGAACUUCAAGUUGUUCCGGGACGGCGGCGAGUCGUUCAAGUUGCGGUUUUACGUCGGCCACGACGGGACGAUGAUUCGUCUUGCGUCUGCCCUGGGAUUCGGCAAGGUCGCGCCACUCCGGUGGCCUGCGCUAGGGUCCGAGGUCAUCAUGGAGGUGUGGGAGACGAACAAGAAGACGAACUUUGUGCGCGUCUUCCACGAGGGCACGGUAGUGCCCGGGUACGAGUGGAUUGCGCUGGACACGUUCAUUGACAGUCUGGAUGCCCAGAUCCCUGAAAACAUUGCCGAGCAGUGUAACGCUUCUUGAAAGCGUGUUGUAGUACUCCACACCAUCAACAACACAAGGCAGCAGCACAUGCCAUUGGCACUGGGAACCUCCUGUGUGUGAGGAUAUACGCUACUCCUAUUC